AUGGCAGAUGAUAAAGCUGAUGGUAAUCCAGCAGAAGAGGUACAAGUGCCAAUUAUUGAAGAGAACGAACAUAAACAGGCUGAAGUACCCCCGAAGAAAAACAUUAUUCCAGGGAAAUUCUUUCAGGUGAAACGCGUUUCAGGUCUAUUAUCCGUUGUUUCAUUUGUUUUCUCACUUCCGGUUCUUUCCUCCGUUAUCUGGUUGCUAUACAUGAAAAGCUAUGACUGCGAAUGGCUAUUCAAGUUGCCUAGCUUGCAGAUUGGGAUCAGCAUUGGCUUGAUCUGUGUUUUCUUCAUCUGCAAUGCAGCUCUCUUCUUGAGAGCUCGAAUGCAGAUGGUAGGAAUCGUUGUGGUUAUGGUGCCGUUGACCGUGAUGUUCACCAUCGGUCUUGCAUUCCUUGGCGCUAACAGCAUGGAAAACAGAAGGAUUCCAGCUACACCAUUGUGGUUCGAGAUGAAAAUUCAUGACAACGAGCUUUGGAACAACAUCAAAGAAUGCAUCUACGACACUGGCGUCUGCCGUGAUUUAGCCUUGACAUCAACGAAACUCAAAUCAUAUGAUUUCAGCAUGAAGAAAUUAUCGUCGGUGGAGUCUGGAUGUUGCAGACCACCUGCAGACUGCCCGUUGCAGUAUGUAAACGCGACCUUCUGGGAAAAGAAUGAUCAAAUGCAAACUGAUUCUGAUACUUACAAUCCCGACUGUGAUUUAUGGAAGAACGAUAGAGACGCAUUAUGCUACGAUUGCCUAACCUGUCGACAAGGUUAUAUGAAAGCAUUGCGAAGCAAAUGGUUGAAACUUGGGGUAUUUUUGGUUUGCAUGGCUCUGCUACUAAUCAGUUCUCAUUUGUCCCUAUUUCUGGUAACAAUGUGGGAGCUCCAUAUAUCUUAG